AUGAUGCGACGACCAAGGUUUUUAAGUCCUUAAGAGAGAGUGAAGUCUCCUCCUGCUCAUGUAAAUUUACAAAUACCAAGAAAGCAAUCUCUCUUGAUGUAGGUAAAAAUUUAUAAAAAUUAGACUGGUCCUUACGUUUUUGAUUGCUCUUAAGUUAUUGGGAAAGGAUAGUAUUCAGUUGUGUAUAAAGGUUAUGAAUAGAAUAAGCCUAAUCAAUUAGUGGCAGUUAAGGUUAUUACAAUCUAAGCUAAUAAUCCAAUUCAAAUGUACAUGAUUGAAAAUGAGAUCAACACUCUUAAACUUUUAGAUUCACCUCACAUACUUAAACUAUUGUAUCAUCAUUAAAACAAUAAAACAGUAUUUUUAGUAACUGAAUUUUGCAAUAAAGGUAUUAAAUUAAAUAAAAUGAUAGGUGAUCUUUUACAAAAAUUAUAACGAUCUUUAAUUUCAGAAGAAGAGGCAUUAUAAUUUACUUUACAAAUUGCAAAAGCAUUAUAAACUAUUCAUUAACAUAAUAUAAGUAUAAAUUUAAAUAUCACUAGUGCAUGGAGACAUUAAAUCUGCAAAUAUUUUAUUGUCAGAUCGAUGUGUUUUAGCAGAUUUUGGUUUUGCUUAAAAAAUUGAUCAAGCUCAAUAAACAUUCAUUAUUGGUACACCUCUAUAUAUGGCACCAGAAGUUCUCUUUGAUAAUGAUAUCAAUUGUAAAGCAGAUAUGUGGUCUUUGGGUUGUGUAUUAUAUGAGAUGGUUUAUGGACAAUCUCCUUUUUAUUCUGAAAACAAUGAUAUUUUAAAAAUCACUCUAUAAAAGUUUAAAGAACAUGGUAAAUUAUAAUUUCCAAAUACUGGGGUUUCUAAAAAGGUUCAAGCUUUGAUUUUGUUUUUAAUUAAAGUAGACCCAACUUAAAGAUUAACUGCUUCAGAUACAGUUUCAUUACUUGAACCAAGCAAUGUCAAUCAAUAAAUAAAAUUAAACGAAAAUCAAAAAUAAAUUAAGAAAGAGCUUUUAAAUGUAGAUGAAAAAGAUGCAAUAUAAAUAUUCUAAGAAUAAUAAUAGACAAAUCUCAAUGAAAUCAAUGUAAAUUCUAAUUCUUAAUAAAAUUAAACAUCUGUUUAGGAAAUUCAAUCUAAUUCAGAUAAUCAAAAAAUAUCAGGAGGUAACAAUUCAUAAGAUGAACAUAGAAGAAGUUCAAAAAAUAGUAAUUCUAGUGCUAAAAGAAAAAAAUUUUUAUAAUAAAUGAAUAAUAUAAAUUCAAGAAAUGUAAAUUAAUAAAUUAAUAAUACUCCAACCUAAUAAACAUAAUAAUAAAAUACUCAAACUUCUGAUCUUAAAAUGGUACCACAGAAAAAUAUUUAAUAUUAAUAACAAACAAACAGUAACUAAAAUAAUAAUAAUCAUACUAUUAAUAAUAAUAAUAUAAAUAAUAAUACAAAUAAUAAUACAAAUAAUAAUAUAAAUAAUAAUAAUAACCCAGGUAAUAAAACUAUAUCUUUAUUAGAUUUGGUUAAUUAUUUUUAUAAGGUAUAUUAACUAAUUUUAAAUGGUAAAGAACUUAAAUUAGCUUUUAUUUACUUAAAGCUUGUAAACAUUUAUUAUUUAGCAUAUUUAGAAGAACAAUCUAAAUAAUAGAAAAAGGUAAUUUUUGUAAGUUGUCAAAAUGAUUAUUUUGAAUUAGAAAGAGAGAUAAAAAAUAAGUAACCUCAUUGGUUAAAAGAAGAGGAAUUCCAAAAGAUUUUUCAUAGUAAAUUUAUCCUUACUUAAGAUUUUUUGAGAUACUCUCUAAACUAUUUGAAUAAGGCAGCUGUUGAUUAAUAAUAAGAUGAAAAAAUUACAGAGAAAAUAAAAAAAACACUUCAAAUAAUAUAAAUUUUAGUAUCAAAUGAAAGAAGCAGUGCUCUUUAGUUAGAUUAAUAAAUUAUAAGACUUCAUAGACUUAAUUCAAAAGUUUGA